UGGUAAUAGACGCACCUUUUUUUUUGGUCUGAAUAUCCUUUUCUUCUAUCCUCAAGAGUCGAGAGGAACGUAGCAGCAGCAAAUAUGGGCAGUCUGCUCAAGUGCUACAGACCCUUCUUCUCUCUCCAUCUCGGAAUGCACCGUUUCACCAACCCCAAACGGAGAAUCCGUUGCCUCAGCGCCACUACUUCAACCCACUCCGUUGCCGCCAAAUCGGAGAUUCCGGCGUCGUCGUCGGAGCUCUGGCUGCACAACACAAUGAGCCGGAAGAAGGAGCUGUUCAAGCCCAAAGUUGAAGGCAGAGUCGGCAUGUAUGUGUGUGGCGUUACGGCUUACGAUCUCAGCCAUAUUGGCCACGCUCGCGUCUACGUCACUUUCGACGUUCUCUACAGAUAUCUUAGGCAUUUGGGAUAUGAGGUCACCUAUGUUCGAAAUUUCACAGACGUUGAUGACAAAAUAAUUGCUAGAGCAAAUGAGUUGGGGGAGGAUCCGAUCAGUUUGAGCCGGCGGUACUGCGAGGAGUUCAAUCGAGAUAUGGAGAGUCUUCAUUGCCUGCCUCCUUCUGUGGAACCGCGAGUUUCUGAUCACAUGCCGCAGAUAAUUGAUAUGAUCAAGCAGAUUAUUGAAAAUGGACAUGCCUAUCAAGUUGAUGGGGAUGUGUAUUUUAGUGUUGACAAGUUCCCAGAUUAUGGACGUCUAUCUGGGCGAAAAUUAGAAGACAAUCGAGCCGGUGAGCGAGUCACUGUUGAUUCAAGGAAGAACAAUCCUGCUGAUUUUGCUUUAUGGAAGUCCGCAAAGGAAGGUGAACCCUUCUGGGACAGUCCCUGGGGCCCCGGAAGACCUGGUUGGCAUAUCGAGUGCAGUGCCAUGAGUGCUGCUUAUCUCGGUUACUCUUUCGACAUACAUGGUGGAGGAAUGGACCUUGUGUUUCCUCACCAUGAGAAUGAAAUUGCUCAGAGUUGUGCUGCAUGUAAACAAAGUGAUAUAAGUUACUGGAUACACAAUGGUUUUGUCACUAUAGACUCCGAGAAAAUGUCCAAAUCCCUAGGGAACUUCUUUACAAUUCGGCAGGUUAUAGACCUAUACCAUCCAUUGGCUUUGCGACUUUUCUUGUUAGGGUCUCAUUAUCUGUCUCCAAUCAACUACUCUGAUGUACUGCUUGAAAGCACUUCAGAGCGGAUCUUCUACAUAUUUCAGACUUUAUAUGACUGUGAAAGUGUUGUAAGCCACCCUGAUGUAUCAACUCUGAAGGAUACCAUUCCUCCUGAAAUAUUGGAAAGCAUCAAUAAGUUCAACGAUGUUUUUGUAACAUCAAUGUCGGAUGAUCUUCACAGUUCUGUUGUUUUUGGUGCAUUAUCAGACCCGUUAAAAACUAUGAAUGAUCUGCUUCACACUCGCAAGGGCAAGAAGCAAGCAUUGAGGAUAGAGUCUCUUGCAGCUUUGGAAAAGAUUACCAGGAAUGUCUUGAGCAUUUUGGGAUUGAUGCCUGCAAGUUACGCUGAGAUUCUGCAGCAGCUGAAAGAAAAAGCCUUGAAGCGUGCAAAAUUAACAGAAGAUCAAGUAUUGCAGAAAAUCAAGGAAAGAAAUUCAGCAAGGAAGAACAAAGAGUAUGAAAAAUCAGAUACAAUUAGGAAAGAUUUAGCUGCUGUUGGAAUUAAUCUUAUGGACAACCCAGAUGGGACAACAUGGAGACCAGCUGUACCUCUUGCAAUUCAACAGCAGCUGCAGGUGGCAUCUUCUUGAUUGGCUUCUGGUCAAUAUACGGUACAGAUUAGGUCUACUUUCUCUUCACAAAAGAUU